AUGUUCUACAUAAUUGGGCUUGGGCUCUCAGAUGAAAAGGAUAUUACUCUUCGUGGUCUGCAGGCAAUCAAAAACUCGGCUAGAGUAUAUCUGGAGGCCUACACUAGUAUCUUGAUGAUAGAAAAAGAUCGUCUGGAAGCUUUCUAUGAAAAACCUGUGAUCCUUGCCGACCGCGACAUGGUUGAGACCCAAAGCGACGAAAUUUUGCGAAACGCCGAUGUCGAGGAUAUUUCUCUCCUUGUAGUGGGUGAUCCGUUUGGGGCCACGACACAUACCGAUAUCGUGCUGCGCGCGCGUGCCCUCAAGAUACCGGUUCGCGUAAUUCACAACGCGUCAAUCAUGAACGCCAUGGGUGCUUGCGGAUUGCAAUUAUACAACUUUGGGCAGACCGUCUCCUUGGUGUUCUUCACAGAGACAUGGAAACCAGAUAGCUUCUACGAUAGAAUCAAGGAAAAUGUUGGCCUUGGGAUGCAUACCCUUCUUCUGCUGGACAUCAAGGUGAAAGAGCAAAGCGAAGAGAAUAUGGCCAGGGGCCGAAAGAUAUACGAGCCACCAAGAUACAUGUCAAUUCCGACGGCUGUCUCACAGAUAAUUGAAACAGAAGAAUCGCGUCAAGAAAACGUAUUGAAUCCAGAUACCACGUUAGCUAUCGCAUUGUCACGCGUAGGCGGAGGAGAUGAGGAACGAAUAGUUGCGGGAACACUACGUGAACUUCUCAAUCACCCUGCCGAAGCAUAUGGCCAGCCAUUACAUAGUCUGGUCAUAGUUGGAAAACGGCUGCAUCACCUAGAAGUUGAAUACGCCGAGGAGUUUGCUAUAAACCGGGAAACUUGGAGAAAAAUCGCAAAGGAAGAAUACAAAUGUGCAUUGGAUUAG